AUGACCCCUUACUCCCCCGUCUCGCACCCUCGCUCCCCCGUACCGCCCUCGCCCGCCUGCUCGCUCCCCCGUACCGCCCUCGCCCGCCUGCUCGCUCCCCCGUACCGCCCUCGCCCGCCUGCUCGCUCCCCCGUACCGCCCUCGCCCGCCUGCUCGCUCCCCCGUACCGCCCUCGCCCGCCUGCUCGCUCCCUCGCCCGCCUGCUCGCUCCCCCGUACCGCCCUCGCCCGCCUGCUCGCCCCCUCGCCCGCCUGCUCGCUCCCCCGUACCGCCCUCGCCCGCCUGCUCGCUCCCCCGUACCGCCCUCGCCCGCCAGCUCGCUCCCCCGUACCGCCCUCGCCCGCCUGCUCGCUCCCUCGCCCGCCUGCUCGCUCCCUCGCCCGCCUGCUCGCUCCCCCGUACCGCCCUCGCCCGCCUGCUCGCUCCCUCGCCCGCCUGCUCGCUCCCCCGUACCGCCCUCGCCCGCCUGCUCGCUCCCUCGCCCGCCUGCUCGCUCCCCCGUACCGCCCUCGCCCGCCUGCUCGCUCCCCCGUACCGCCCUCGCCCGCCUGCUCGCUCCCCCGUACCGCCCUCGCCCGCCUGCUCGCUCCCUCGCCCGCCUGCUCGCUCCCCCGUACCGCCCUCGCCCGCCUGCUCGCUCCCUCGCCCGCCUGCUCGCUCCCCCGUACCGCCCUCGCCCGCCUGCUCGCUCCCUCGCCCGCCUGCUCGCUCCCCCGUACCGCCCUCGCCCGCCUGCUCGCUCCCUCGCCCGCCUGCUCGCUCCCCCGUACCGCCCUCGCCCGCCUGCUCGCUCCCCCGUACCGCCCUCGCCCGCCAGCUCGCUCCCCCGUACCGCCCUCGCCCGCCUGCUCUCUCCCUCGCCCGCCUGCUCGCUCCCCCGUACCGCCCUCGCCCGCCUGCUCGCUCCCUCGCCCGCCUGCUCGCUCCCCCGUACCGCCCUCGCCCGCCUGCUCGCUCCCCCGUACCGCCCUCGCCCGCCUGCUCGCUCCCUCGCCCGCCUGCUCGCUCCCCCGUACCGCCCUCGCCCGCCUGCUCGCUCCCUCGCCCGCCCUCGCCCGCCUGCUCGCUCCCUCGCCCGCCUGCUCGCUCCCCCAUACCGCCCUCGCCCGCCUGCUCGCCCCCUCGCCCGCCUGCUCGCUCCCCCGUACCGCCCUCGCCCGCCUGCUCGCUCCCCCGUACCGCCCUCGCCCGCCAGCUCGCUCCCCCGUACCGCCCUCGCCCGCCUGCUCGCUCCCCCGUACCGCCCUCGCCCGCCUGCUCGCUCCCCCGUACCGCCCUCGCCCGCCUGCUCGCUCCCUCGCCCGCCUGCUCGCUCCCCCGUACCGCCCUCGCCCGCCUCCUCGCUCCCUCGCCCGCCUGCUCGCUCCCCCGUACCGCCCUCGCCCGCCGGCUCGCUCCCCCGUACCGCCCUCGCCCGCCUGCUCGCUCCCCCGUACCGCCCUCGCCCGCCUGCUCGCUCCCCCGUACCGCCCUCGCCCGCCUGCUCGCUCCCCCGUACCGCCCUCGCCCGCCUGCUCGCUCCCUCGCCCGCCUGCUCGCUCCCCCGUACCGCCCUCGCCCGCCUGCUCGCUCCCUCGCCCGCCUGCUCGCUCCCCCCGUACCGCCCUCGCCCGCCUGCUCGCUCCCUCGCCCGCCUGCUCGCUCCCCCGUACCGCCCUCGCCCGCCUGCUCGCUCCCUCGCCCGCCUGCUCGCUCCCCCGUACCGCCCUCGCCCGCCUGCUCGCUCCCCCGUACCGCCCUCGCCCGCCAGCUCGCUCCCCCGUACCGCCCUCGCCCGCCUGCUCGCUCCCUCGCCCGCCUGCUCGCUCCCCCGUACCGCCCUCGCCCGCCUGCUCGCUCCCUCGCCCGCCUGCUCGCUCCCCCGUACCGCCCUCGCCCGCCUGCUCGCUCCCCCGUACCGCCCUCGCCCGCCUGCUCGCUCCCUCGCCCGCCUGCUCGCUCCCCCGUACCGCCCUCGCCCGCCUGCUCGCUCCCUCGCCCGCCCUCGCCCGCCUGCUCGCUCCCUCGCCCGCCUGCUCGCUCCCCCAUACCGCCCUCGCCCGCCUGCUCGCCCCCUCGCCCGCCUGCUCGCUCCCCCGUACCGCCCUCGCCCGCCUGCUCGCUCCCCCGUACCGCCCUCGCCCGCCAGCUCGCUCCCCCGUACCGCCCUCGCCCGCCUGCUCGCUCCCCCGUACCGCCCUCGCCCGCCUGCUCGCUCCCCCGUACCGCCCUCGCCCGCCUGCUCGCUCCCUCGCCCGCCUGCUCGCUCCCCCGUACCGCCCUCGCCCGCCGGCUCGCUCCCUCGCCCGCCUGCUCGCUCCCCCGUACCGCCCUCGCCCGCCGGCUCGCUCCCCCGUACCGCCCUCGCCCGCCGGCUCGCUCCCCCGUACCGCCCUCGCCCGCCUGCUCGCUCCCCCGUACCGCCCUCGCCCGCCUGCUCGCUCCCCCGUACCGCCCUCGCCCGCCUGCUCGCUCCCCCGUACCGCCCUCGCCCGCCUGCUCGCUCCCCCGUACCGCCCUCGCCCGCCUGCUCGCUCCCUCGCCCGCCUGCUCGCUCCCCCGUACCGCCCUCGCCCGCCUGCUCGCUCCCUCGCCCGCCUGCUCGCUCCCCCGUACCGCCCUCGCCCGCCUGCUCGCUCCCCCGUACCGCCCCCGCCCGCCUGCUCGCUCCCCCGUACCGCCCCCGCCCGCCUGCUCGCUCCCCCGUACCGCCCCCGCCCGCCUGCUCGCUCCCCCGUACCGCCCUCGCCCGCCUGCUCGCUCCCCCGUACCGCCCUCGCCCGCCUGCUCGCUCCCCCGUACCGCCCUCGCCCGCCUGCUCGCUCCCCCGUACCGCCCUCGCCCGCCUGCUCGCUCCCCCGUACCGCCCUCGCCCGCCUGCUCGCUCCCCCGUACCGCCCUCGCCCGCCGGCUCGCUCCCCCGUACCGCCCUCGCCCGCCGGCUCGCUCCCCCGUACCGCCCUCGCCCGCCGGCUCGCUCCCCCGUACCGCCCUCGCCCGCCAGCUCGCUCCCCCGUACCGCCCUCGCCCGCCUGCUCGCUCCCCCGUACCGCCCUCGCCCGCCUGCUCGCUCCCCCGUACCGCCCUCGCCCGCCUGCUCGCUCCCCCGUACCGCCCUCGCCCGCCUGCUCGCUCCCCCGUACCGCCCCCGCCCGCCUGCUCGCUCCCCCGUACCGCCCCCGCCCGCCUGCUCGCUCCCCCGUACCGCCCCCGCCCGCCUGCUCGCUCCCCCGUACCGCCCCCGCCCGCCUGCUCGCUCCCCCGUACCGCCCCCGCCCGCCUGCUCGCUCCCCCGUACCGCCCCCGCCCGCCUGCUCGCUCCCCCGUACCGCCCCCGCCCGCCUGCUCGCUCCCCCGUACCGCCCCCGCCCGCCUGCUCGCUCCCCCGUACCGCCCCCGCCCGCCUGCUCGCUCCCCCGUACCGCCCCCGCCCGCCUGCUCGCUCCCCCGUACCGCCCCCGCCCGCCUGCUCGCUCCCCCGUACCGCCCCCGCCCGCCUGCUCACUCCCCCGUACCGCCCUCGCCCGCCUGCUCACUCCUCCCUGCUCUCUCCCCCGUAUCUCCCUCGCCCGCCUGCUCACUCCCCGCUGCUCACUCCUCCCUGCUCACUCCCCCGUACCACCCUCGCCCGCCUGCUCGCUCCCUCGUACCGCCCUCGCCCGCCUGCUCACUCCUCCCUGCUCUCUCCCCCGUAUCUCCCUCGCCCGCCUGCUCACUCCCCGCUGCUCACUCCUCCCUGCUCACUCCCCCGUACCACCCUCGCCCGCCUGCUCGCUCCCUCGUACCGCCCUCGCCCGCCUGCUCACUCCUCCCUGCUCUCUCCCCCGUAUCUCCCUCGCCCGCCUGCUCACUCCCCGCUGCUCACUCCUCCCUGCUCACUCCCCCGUACCACCCUCGCCCGCCUGCUCGCUCCCUCGCCCGCCUGCACGCUCCCUCGCCCGCCUCCUUGCUCCCUCGCCCGCCCGCUCGCUUCCACCCUCCCCUCACUCUCCCUCUUUUGCCUCCCCUCACUCUCCCCCUGUCGCUCUCUUUCCUCCCUCACUCCCACCCUAG